AGCCCCCAUCCUCCCCACCUCCCUUCAUGCCUUCCUGGGAGGGUUGGGGAUUAGGGGUUGUUGGUAUGGGGGCGUUAACCUAGGCCUCUCCACUCUGCAGACAUGUCCUUCCGUAAAGUGGUUCGGCAGAGCAAAUUCCGGCAUGUGUUCGGGCAGCCAGUCAAGAAUGACCAGUGCUAUGAGGACAUCCGAGUGUCUCGCGUCACCUGGGACAGCACCUUCUGCGCAGUCAACCCCAAGUUCCUGGCAGUGAUUGUGGAGGCCAGUGGUGGGGGCGCCUUCCUCGUGCUCCCCCUAAGCAAGACGGGCCGUAUUGACAAGGGCUACCCGACAGUGUGUGGACACACGGGACCUGUCCUGGACAUUGACUGGUGUCCCCACAACGAUGAGGUCAUCGCCAGUGGCUCAGAGGACUGCACAGUCAUGGUAUGGCAGAUCCCAGAGAAUGGACUGGCCUCCCCACUGACAGAGCCAGUGGUGGUGCUGGAGGGGCACACUAAGCGAGUGGGCAUUGUCACCUGGCACCCGACAGCCCGCAAUGUGCUGCUCAGUGCAGGCUGUGAUAAUGUGGUGCUCAUCUGGAAUGUGGGCACAGCAGAGGAGCUGUACCGCCUAGACAGCCUGCACCCCGACCUCAUCUACAAUGUCAGCUGGAACUACAACGGCAGCCUCUUCUGCUCUGCAUGCAAAGACAAG